UCAAAGAACAACACCAUCGUGACCAUUCUGAACUUACUACACACAACAAUGGACAGUCCCCAAGUAACAUGGCAGAAAUACAUACCCAAAGCCGUGCUAGUGGGAUCUAUGUUAAAACAUUGCAAAGAUCAUCUGAGCAUCCGGAAAGAACUCCAUAGCUUUAUGGAAGAGAUGAAGGAGGACUCCAAGCGGACUAAACAGGAGUUAAGAGAGGAGGAUCCAGCGGUGCGUCAGUGGUACAUCAGGAGGCGAUCGAGUGCUCCGGCUCCUGUCCUCAGUCUCAGAGAUACCAGUGGAAAGCAACAGGACAGCCUUCAUUGUAAGCUGUGCGAUAAGAAGUUUGAGAGCCCUAAAGACGAGUAUCCGUGCCGCGUUUGUGACAGAGUGUUCCAUAAGAACUGUGUUCUGCUCAUGCAGGAUCUCCAUCCAUCGCACGUAACCGCCAUAGAGAGAGCCAACACUAGCACGGGGUGGAGCUGUCCUACGUGUGAUGAUUUGGGUUUCUUACUAACUGAAAAGGAGAUAGAAAGUAUUAUUGAAACUUUUGAUGAAGAAAUCAACCCAAAAGGAGGUCAAAUUACUUUUGAUGAAUUCAUCGCAUACAAGAGAAAACAACUUGGGCACCAGGUCACAGAAGAAGAACGAAAACUCUUUGAUCUCGAAUUCAAAUUGGUUGAUACGGACGGCAGCGGAACUAUUGAUUGGUGGGAGUUUUUAAAUUUCCAGGCUAAAGUCAAACUCUCCUCAAGAAAUCAGAAUGAGUUAGUGGACUUGCUGACAGAAAAGGAAAUUCUGAUAGCAAAGAUGGCCUUCUCCCACUUAGACACAAAUGAUGAUGGCAGGAUAUCGGAGUUAGAAGCCAGGAAAGUGCUUGAUGAGUAUAUCGGUCGUUUCAACCUACCUGAAGAGCAAGUAUUCAUAAAUUAUUACAGAUAUUUCAAGUUUCGACACUUCACACGCAUUAUUAACUCAAAAUAA